AUCUGUGAUUGACUGCAGUCUGAAAUCAAAUGAUCCUCAUCAUCUUCAGAUGGCAGAUACUAUUCUAUUUCAACAAAUAUAUUUUGUAACGUAAUCUGAUAUUUGUAAGUACCCUGCUGAAGGGAAAAGAAAGAUUUUCAACCAGUCUAAGCCAGAAUCAGCCUGUUGUUUUGUUCAUCAGAGAACUGCUUAAAGGUCUUUCUGUUAGUCAGAGAUGAAUAAUAAAAAAGCAAGAGCAGCUGAAGGUAUGAAGGUCCUUCUGCGUGUUUGGAUGGUGAUUUCAGUAGAAUCGUGUAUCAUAUUCACUGUAGAAACGCGUCUAUAGCAACAGAUUUGCGACACGAUCAAGAGCACAAAGCGAAACAUCUUUACCUUUACUAGCGGUAAUUCGGGUGUUUAACACCUGAAUACUGAAAUAAUAAAGCGUCAAUAUGAACUGAAGACAUUUCUGCCGCACUUCAGUCAUGAUUCAAAUCAUUGCAAUGUGUGAAUAUGAGCGCAAUCAUCUGUCGACUCUCUCGAGACUCUCCGACGACGAUAUCGAUCAUAUUUGGUCGAGCGUGUCGUGUUUUAUUGAGAAACAGAUGUUCCUGCGAAAGGGGGUUUGCAUCUUCGGUCUGGGCACUUUCACAUUCUGCCAGCAGAAACUGAACCUCGGAAACAAACACAUCCUCAUUCAGAGACCCGUUUUCAUCCUGUCAGAGAAACUCUCUCAGUAUUACGGGCUCAAACAGAUCAAACCACAGGCUACAGAUGUGCCCGUGGUGCCGCUCAACUUCUCGGCCGUGAGCGCGCAGAGCCCGUACGACAGAGACGCGGUGGAGGGAUGUGUGCGCGAGACGCUCCACCUGCUGCUCCGCGCCGCGUGCGCGCGACAGUCUGUCCUUCACACCUUCCCUGGGAUCGGCGUUCUCGCGUUCCGGCAAAACCGAGUCAAGAUGAUGUUCUGCCGUGACUUUAUCUCAGCUCUAGACGGCACUGGUGAACUCUCAGCAGCUUUAACUAAAAGACUGGAAACAAGAAACAGUGGAGCAUCUGAGAGACCUUCGAGCUUCACACUGCCCUCCAUAUCUGCAGGAGAACCGCUGAGAGAAGAGCCGCCGGCGGCCCGUCACACUGACCGAGAGGGUGGACGGGAGAGUCCGCCGGCAGACGGAGAGACGGAGACUGACCUCACUGACGGGCUGCUGGACAAGAGUCCGUCAAACACUGACCGAGAUGAGGAUGUCUCGGGACCAGCAGGUGGCGCUGUCAGCAUCAGGACACCAGAGAGAAGCGCUGCAGGUGUGACCGUGACGUGUGCUGACCACAGACGCGCCGGACAGGAGUUGUGUUACGUCUGCAUGCAGCGAGCGCAGAGAAACCUUCCCGUCUACCUGUCCGAGGAGAGCCGGAGAGCCGAGCGGGAACAAGAGCGGGUUUUAAUGCUUAAUCAACAUCAGAAAGAUCUACAGUACUUCCAGAAAGAAGAGACGGACAGACAGAAGAAGAGGGCAGACGGUCAGAAGGUGGCGGCGUUUAAUCUGGGCGUGGCAGAAGCUCAGAGACGCAGGAAAGCAGCCGCAUGCGGCCAAUCACACGGCUCGUACAUCUUUGCGGGUCGACCCUGUACCGCAGACCGUCUGCCGCAGCAGAGACGCUUCGUGCAGGAGCUGAUGCAGGAGGCCUGCAGACGCAGACAGACGCAGACGCAGACGCAGCAGGAACAACAGCGACUGGACAGACUGCAUCUGCUGCAGAUGUCUGAAGAGAUGGCAUUGAAACGAUCUCAGCAGCUUCAUGAGAAACACGAGAUGGCCAAGACGUACCGAAAGGCACUUGAAAAACAAAGUGAACGCCGCUGUUCAGAAACGGCUCCUGGUUCUGACGCGCGGCCCGUAUUUGGGCUGAUGGACUCCAACCCAGCGGCUUUAGCCGAGCAGAGAUGGAGAGCGCAGAAGAUCUCUGAAGAACUGAUGAAUACGGCCGACGGCAGGAGGAGAGACAUGCUGAAGAAACGCUUGAAUGAGCAGAAGAGAGAAAUAGAAAUAAUGCAGAGAGACCACAAAGAAAUGUUAGAAGAGCGAAUCUGUCGCUACGAGAAGCGGCGUCAGCUGCAGGCCGCAUGUGUGGAGAACUGGCAGCACAGCGCCAACAUGAGACACCAACGAGAACAAGAGGAGCUGAACAUCAGGAGGUUCGGUGGUCAAACUCUGACGGACCGACUUGGACAAUAUGAGCGCUGCAGCCGAUGCAAACGCAGCGCCUCCAACUGCGGCCGGACCAACAUCUUCAGAGACACCAAUUAUGUGUCUGGGUCUCGAUUAAUGCUGUAGACCUCGAAUUUCAACCCCGAUAAUAAAGAGCAAAAUAACAUGAAAAUAGCUCGACCAGUCUAAUGUUUUAUGAUGAAUGUGAUCACAUUCACAAGCACUCUCACAACCAAUUCAUUUUAUGAUUAGCAUCCACAGAACGCAGAUGAACGUCCUCAUCCACGUGCAGGUCAAGUCACCUUUACUUCUAUAGCACUUUAUACAAUACAUAUUCUAUACAAUUUGGCAUCAUUUACACAGAGAUGAAACACAUUUUUAUUCUUUAUAAAGUCAUCAGUCGCUCACAGCAGCAUUUCAACACUGAAUGAAGAUGAAGAAUGUGCAGAUGCUAUUUUGUGUUUGUCAGAAAUGUUUCAAGCAGAAGUUUAAAUGCGCCGUCAUCUGUAGAUCAUGUAUGAUACUGAGAUAUUAUUAACAUGAAUGAUGCUGAGAUAUUAUUAACAUGAAUGAUACUGAGAUAUUAUUAACAUGAAUGAUACUGAGAUAUUAUUAACGUAUGAUACUGAGAUAUUAUUAACAUGAAUGAUACUGAGAUAUUAUUACAGUUUUUUUCGAUGGCUAAACGACAGUGGGCACAACUGGAGUCACAUGAGCAGAACUCUAACUACAGUCUGCACAGCAGCAGUUCAUGUGGACCAAACUCUAGUUUGUUUUUCAUUGCUUGAACACAGUUUUCAAAACUCUACACACUUAUCCCAUGACUUUAACCACAACCUGCACAACACUGUGGAUUUACAGCACUUUGUUCAAAUGCUAACACUCUGCUGUCAAAACUGUGAACCACACAUUCAAAACAGAAUAGAUUUAUACAUAUAUAUAUAUAGGUAGAGCUCAGAAAGACAGGGAUGGAUAAGGCACUCCAGAAGGUUCUUCCCCAGGUGCAUAGCAAGAGAGAACAUUAGAUGUGAUGUUGAUGUGGCCUGAUGCUAGAGAGAGGCAGGAUCAGCCCCUCAAUUAUUUGUUUGAAUUACAGUAUGUACUUUUAGUUUCUACCUUUUUUUCUCAUUACUGUAAUUCUGUAAAUUACUACAGACUAUUGAAGCAAACUGCUCAUUUUCAUUUACCUUAAAGAAUUAUGUUCUAAAAAUUUAAAUAAAUCAUGUGAAAGAAUGUCACUCUUUUCUUUGAAGAAAAUAUUACUUUGUAUGAAGUCACUGAAAUUGUUCAAACUGUAAAGAUAAAAAGUUUGUAUUUUC